AUGAAGCAGCAAGAAGCUGCUGAGCUUGAGGAGAAGCAGAGCAUCAAGCGGAGGAUCCUCGAAUACAAUGAAAGGAAGGAGGAAGAACUGAAUGGAGCAUCACAAAUGGGGAACUGGGGUCAAGGAGCUACCAAUACCAGCAGGGCCAGGGCAGCUGGGAUGGUUCAACACGGGAGCAUUCAGCUCAACUUUGGGGAGUGUGGCCUAGCUGGAUCUCUUGGAUCAUUGCAAGUUAAGUAUGUUAAUCUUGUAACAAAGCUCUGCAUUGUCCAUGUGUCACGUGAAGACCACCAGAAAGUUUGGGCUGCUAUGACAAUGGUGAGGUGCAUUGGGAAGAUCCCUGUUUCAUUCAACUUGCUCGACAUGAGUGAUGAAAGGAAAAUAGCACAGAAAUCCGCUAUGAUCCAUCAACAGCAUUCCCUAACCGCUCUGUUUCUGCCAUGCAGAUGCCAAGGGACUCAUCGCCCGGCGCUUCUCGGAUCCGUCCGUGCAGGCGGACAUGAAGAUGUGGCCGUUCAAGGUCGUCCCGGGCCCCGCAGACAAGCCAAUGAUCGUGGUGACCUACAAGGCGAGGAGAAGAAGUUCUCGGCCGAGGAUAUCUCCUCCAUGGUGCUCACCAAGAUGAAGGAGAUCGCCGAGGCCUACCUCAGCACCACCAUCAAGAACGCCGUCAUCACCGUCCCGGCCUACUUCAACGACUCGCAGUGCCAGGCCACCAAGGACGCUGGCGUCAUCGCCGGCCUCAACGUCAUGCGCAUCAUCAACGAGCCCACGGGCCACGGCCGCCGCCAUCGCCUACGGGCUCGACAAGAAGACCACCAGCUCCGGCGAGAAGAACGUGCUCAUCUUCGACCUCGGCGGCGGGCGAAGAGGACGCUCUCCUCCACCGCCCAGACCACCAUCGAGAUCGACUCGCUCUACGAGGGCAUCGACUUCUACGCGACCAUCACCCGGGCCAGGUUCGAGGAGCUCAACAUGGACCUCUUCAGGAAGUGCAUGGAGCCCGUGGAGAAGUGCCUCCGCGACGCCAAGAUGGACAAGUCGCAGAUCCACGACGUCGUGCUCAUCGGAGGUUCCACGCGUAUCCCCAAGGUGCAGCAGCUGCUCCAGGACUUCUUUAACGGCAAGGAGCUCUGCAAGAACAUCAACCCUGACGAGGCCGUCGCGUACGUCGCCGCUGUCCAGGCCUCCAUCCUCAGCGGCGAGGGCAACCAGAAGGUGCAGGAUCUGCUCCUGCUCGACGUCACGCCGCUCUCGCUCGGGCUGGAGACCGCAGGCGGUGUGAUGACCGUGCUGAUCCCGAGGAACACCACCAUCCCUACCAAGAAGGAGCAGGUGUUCUCCACUUACUCCGACAACCAGCCCGGCGUGCUCAUCCAGGUGUACGAGGGUGAGCCGACGAGGACCAAGGACAACAACCUGCUGGGCAAGUUCGAGCUCACCGGCAUCCCGCCGGCGCCGAGGGGCGUGCCCCAGAUCAACGUGACCUUCGGCAUCGACGCGAACGUCAUCCUGAACCGCAAGGUGGAGGCCCGCAACGCGCUGGAGAACUACGCGUACAACAUGCGCAACACGGUGCGGGACGAGAAGAUCGCGUCGAAGCUGCCCGCCGAGGACAAGAAGAAGAUCGAGGACACGGUCGAGGACGCCAUCAAGUGGCUCGACGGCAACCAGCUCGCCGAGGCCGAGGAGUUCGAGGACAAGAUGAAGGAGCUGGAGAACGUCUGCAACCCCAUCAUCUCGAAGAUGUACCAGGGCGCGGCGGGCAUGGACGAGGACGUGCCCAGCGGCGGCGCCGGCAGCGGAGGUGGCAGCGGCGCCGGGCCCAAGAUUGAGGAAGUCGACUAA